UUUCUCCGGUUCGCUCAAAAUAAUCCCAAAUUUUUAUUAUUUUUAAAUAAUCCGAACUUUAGGGGUCAUUCGCUCAAAAUGGACCUAAUCGGUCACCAACCUGUUAUAACAGGUUUACGGUGACACUGACAUGUGUCACCACAUGAAUGGUUGAAAAAAAAAUAAAAAACACUUUAAAAAAAACUUAAAUAAUAUAACAAAAACCCAGCCCCACACCCAACCACCAUCCCCACCACCAGCCUUGACCUUCCCGGAACCCCCACCUCCGUCGCCGCCGAAAAACCUCCCGCGUCGGAGCCCAGAUCCUUCCUCCAACGUGUUGGCGCCGGCGUUGCCCUUCUGUACCCCUUAAAUCGCCUAAAUCCGACCCCAAAACCACCCUUAUCACAACUCGAAUUCUUAAAAACGCCCAAUCCCAUCGUAAAAUCCUCCAAACGGCCAUCCCCUACCCUCGAAACCCUAACAAUUAGGCAUUUGAGGGUCGGAGAGGGCCAAUUAGGGGGUUUGUGCGGUGGGGGUUGCGGUUAUUUUAGGUGUUUCGGGUUUGAGAGAGGAGGCUUUCGGGUUGGGGUCUUGGUGGUUGGGUUGGGGGAGCGGCAGCGCCAGAGUCGGCGCGGGGGAGGGGGGUUCUGGUCGAGGCAGCGAUUAGGGGAGGGGGGAUCGAAGUACUUGGGUGGUGGGAGGAGGUAGCCGUCGGAAAGUUACAUUGGUGGUGGAUGUGGUUGUUUUUGGGUUUUUUUUUUUGUUUUUUCGACUAAUCUUGAGAUGACAUGUGUAUCUUAAACAAAAAAAAACCUGUUAAACAGGUUACCUGUUACAUGGGACUAUUUUGAGCAAAUAACCCCCGAAGUUCGGAUUAUUUAAAAAUAAUCCAAAGUUGGGAUUAUUUUGAGUAAACCAGCGAAAGUUAGGAUUAUUUUUAUCAAUUUUUCCUUAAAAAAUUCAGACAAUAACAUUCUAUUUCAUGGGAAGAAACACAAAGCUUGUGAAAUGUUGGAAAAUUAUUUGAUCCUUGAUGUAACAUGGGCCAAAUAUCACAAUGUUAAAAACCCUAGUGGCUUAAUCCAAUUCAUACUUGGGCCAACGUCUAUAAAAUUCAAAUUAAUAAUUAAAAAACCAAAAAAAAAAAAAAAAAAAAAAGACUCCCUCAUCUCAUUAAAUCAUCACCGUCCAUUUUCUUUCAAAUCCAAUCGUUAAAUUCCAACCAUUAGAUCCAAAAAAAAUAAAAAACUCAAAACGCAAAAAUCCAAAUAAGCUUUACAAUUAACGAGGAGCGCACCUCCAAAUUUCAAAUUUCUCCUUCAUCCCGCUUCUCUCUCUCUCCUCUUUUUCUACACUUCAAACUUUUAGAGAGAGAAAAUCUUACUUACAAAUUCAUUCAAAAAUUUGCAGAUCUUCAUCUUUUUCUCUUUCUCUUCAACAUUUGAAGAGAAAUUUGAGCAACAAAAAUGUCGAAUAAGGAGAAAGGGGUUAAUGUUCAAGUCAUUCUUCGUUGCAGGCCGUUUAGCGAUGAAGAGCUGCGGAAUAAUGCGCCGCAAGUUGUUACUUGUAAUGAUUAUCAGAGGGAAGUUGCUGUUUCUCAGAAUAUUGCUGGCAAACAUUUUGAUAGGGUUUUCGCUUUUGACAAGGUAUUUGGUCCAACAUCCCAGCAAAGAGAACUAUAUGAUCAAGCAAUUACCCCCAUAGUGAAUGAAGUUCUAGAGGGAUUUAAUUGUACCAUUUUCGCGUAUGGUCAAACUGGUACAGGUAAAACAUAUACAAUGGAAGGUGACUGUAAAAAAAACAAGAGUGGUCCGAAUGGAGAGCUUCCCAUUGGAGCAGGAGUCAUACCUAGAGCUAUCAAGCAGAUAUUUGAUACAUUGGAGAGUCAGAAUGCUGAGUAUAGUGUAAAGGUGACUUUUUUGGAGUUGUAUAAUGAAGAAAUUACUGAUUUAUUAGCACCAGAAGAAAUUUCGAAAGCUGCUUUGGAGGAUAGGCAGAAGAAGCAGCUGCCUCUUAUGGAGGAUGGUAAAGGAGGAGUGCUGGUCAGGGGGUUGGAAGAGGAAAUUGUCACCAGUGCUAGUGAGAUCUUUACCCUACUUGAAAGGGGAUCAGCCAAACGUCGCACUGCUGAAACUCUUCUUAAUAAACAAUCAAGUCGAUCACAUUCUUUGUUUUCUAUCACUAUACACAUUAAAGAAGCAACACCAGAAGGGGAAGAGCUCAUCAAAUGUGGAAAACUUAAUUUGGUUGAUUUAGCUGGAUCAGAGAAUAUUUCUCGGUCUGGGGCUCGCGAGGGUCGUGCAAGAGAAGCUGGAGAGAUUAACAAAAGUCUACUCACACUAGGGCGAGUUAUCAAUGCUCUGGUAGAGCAUCUUGGACAUAUUCCCUACAGGGAUAGCAAACUCACAAGAUUAUUGCGUGAUUCGCUUGGUGGACGGACAAAGACAUGCAUCAUAGCAACAGUAUCACCAGCCGUCCAUUGUCUUGAGGAGACCUUAAGCACUUUGGACUAUGCACACAGAGCUAAGCAUAUCAAGAACAAGCCAGAGAUCAAUCAAAAAAUGAUGAAAUCAACACUGAUAAAAGAUCUCUAUGGUGAAAUUGAGAGACUGAAGGGAGAGGUUUAUGCUGCACGAGAAAAGAAUGGAGUAUAUAUUCCAAAAGAUCGUUACUACCAAGAAGAAACUGAACGAAAGACAAUGGCUGAUCAGAUUGAGCAGAUGGGAGUCACAAUUGAGAACCAGCAGAAGCAAGUUGAGGAUUUGCAAGGAAGAUAUGCUGCUCAAGUUCAAGAAUGCUCUGACUUGAGUCGAAAGCUUGAUUCAACACAGAAAGACUUGAGUCUCACUAGAAAAUUGCUAACUGGCACUGAAGAGGAACUGAAGAAAAGUAAAUACACGCUUAAAGAAAAAGAUUUUAUAAUAUCCGAGCAGAAAAAAGCAGAGAGAGCAUUGACUCAUCAAGCUUGUGAGUUGCGCUCAGACUUGGAGAAAUCCCUUCAAGAUAAUGCCUCACUACAUUCUAAAAUUGAUAGAGAGGACCAGUUGAAUGCUGAUAACAAGUCAGUGGUGGAAAAUUACCAAACUGAGCUUUUAAAGCGACUUGGUUCCCUUUGCAGUACAGUAGCUUCUUCAAUGUCUCAACAAAAUGAAAACCUACAAAGUAUUGAUAAGCUCUGCCAUUCAAUGAUUGAUAACCAUAAUGUGGCUGUGACUGAUUUGAAGAAAAAAGUGGUGGCUUCAAAGACUCUGUAUAUUUCCCAUGUUGAUGCCCUACAAAAUGUUGUUCGAUUGCACAAAGCAGGCACUGAUGCUAAUUUGGAGGAGAUGGCUUCUCUAGCUUCUUCCAAUACUAGGUCUAUUGAAGAGUUUCUAGAGAUUGAGGAUGGCAAAGCAAUGUCUGUAUAUGAUGAUCUUCAAGCAACUCUUGCAAGCCACCAAGGGGAAAUGGCACUUUUUGCUCGGGAACUGCGUCAGAGGUUUCAUGAUAGCAUUGAGCACAUGAAGGGGAUUGCAGAGUUCAUAAAUAUUUAUUUGCAAAAGAUGACUGAAGAAUCAAGCAAGCUUGGUGUUCAUGCAUCUCAGAUUGAAAAGAUUCAGAUAAAUAGUAUUUCUGAAUUCCAGAAAGCAUUUGAGGAACAAUCUAGAUCUGAUGCUGAAAAGCUUCUAGCUGAAGUGACUGAUUUAGUAACCAGCCACAUUCGUCGUCAGAAGGAGAUGGUUGAUGCAAGACUCAUUGAUCUCCGAGAGACUGCUAUUGCAAACAAAGUUUACUUGGAUGAGCAUGUUUCAUCUUUGGAGGGAUUCACAACUGAUGCAAAAAGAAAAUGGCAGACAUUCUCGAUGCAGGCUGAGAGUAAUACGAAUGAUAAUGCUGAUUACUCUGCAGCUCAACAUUGUAGCAUGGAGUUGCUUUUACAGAAAUGUGUGAGCACGGCUGAGACGGCUUCCAAGCAGUUGAAGACAACUCAUGAGUCUGUAAAUGAGAAAUGCAGUAAUCAAGCUUCAACAAUGAUUUCUUUAGUGAGGAGCAUGGUAGAAAGCCAUGAGCAGCAUGAUUCAGAAGUUGAUUCUGCAAGGGUUGCAGCUGGUCAAGAUGCAGCUAAAUGCAGUGAAGAUAUUGUGCACGAUCUAGAUAGAUUAUCGGAGAUGCAAAAUGGAGAAAUGUCGGGUAUAUGUUCAUCUGUCAAAACUCAGGUAGAGAACCUUGAAGUUUUCAGGGAGGAUCAUGCUGGGCAGGUUGUACGUAUUGAAAAUGAGGCACAGACGACUUUCCAGCAGAGAUAUAUGGAUUAUGAACCAACUGGGGCGACACCAGUAAGAUGUGAGACAGAUGUUCCAAGCAAGGGCACUAUUGAGGCCUUGUGCACCAUGCCAAUGGAUACUCUUUUAGAAGAAUUUCGAGAAAAUCACCCUUAUGAGUCUGUGGAAGAUAAAGAAGUAAAACCAUCUCUCAUACCACGUUCACCCUUAGUAGAACGGAACUGAAAAUUUUGGCAAUGAUGGGGUGUGGUGCAUUUUGCUAAAUAUAUAUGUAACUUCCAUGUAUGCUGUUAUUGUUAUUGCCAGAAGCAUAGUGAAACACAUUUCUGUUUUCUAAUUUCUGUAGCUAAGGGGCUGAGCUGUGGCACUGAUGCAAUGCGUUGAAUAAAUUCCAUCUUGGAAUUUAACAACUUAUAUAUAGUGUAGAUCACAGGGUGAAUUGUAUUGCAAUGAAGUUGUUCACUCAGAUAGCCAUAUUGUUGAAUAUGAACGUGUUGUAAGAUACAAACUACUUUGGUUUAAACAAAUUUAUUGGGAAAGCAAUUAGUCUUA